AUGGCCCCACGGGCUGCCAUCAGGGGCCGUGCAGCAAUGCCCAAAUUUAACACCAAGGCAGAGUUUAACACCAAAAGCAGAGUUUUACAGCGGCACUAUUCAGUAGCCGCUGUUAGGAGAACAUCAUCUAAGGGGGUCUUGGUGGCAGCCCAAGCACCCGAGGCUGACUUGAUAUUAUCUGUUAAGGACCACCUGCGCCAGGCCAUUGGCAAAUUCAAAAACCACCAGGAACGGGAGGAGAAAAAGAAGCAGAAGGAGGAAGAGAAGAAACAGCAAGAUGAUGAUAAUGAGGUGGAGGAUGAAGAAGAAGAAAAUAUGUGGAGUAAUGAUGAGAAUGUUGUGUCAGACAGUGAAAGUGAUUAGUAACAAUAAAUAGUGAAAUAAUAUAGGCAUGUCUUUUGAAUUUGCUCCCCUGCUCAUGCUGUCU